UUGCAAUAUGUUUCUGUCUACAAAGAACAAAAGAACACGCCAUCAACACCCAGCCAGCCAAGAAAAACCGACAACAGACAACACAAACAAGAGGAGGAGAGUGUGGACACUCAUUUGAGAAGAAGAACAAGACUGAACCCAAGCAAGCAAGCAAGCGAGGCACGCAUCGCAGGCUGUCUUCUCGACACUCUCGGUUUGACGGAAAGCUCAUCGCGAAGCACACAGUCCCGCCACCGGCCCACCCAUCGCUGCGCUUGCUCAGCAGCGACACAGAGCCAUCGGAACGUGCGUGAGUGAUUCCCAAGACACACAGUGUCGCCACCCAAACCAAAACAAGACGACACAAAGGACAAGCAAAGGGCGUGCAGCUGUGUGCUCUGUCCGUAAACAGCAAGCCAAAGUUUUACGUUAGCGCCUGAAGAGGCGGCGGGCUGGUCCUGCUCCACAUACGUGUUGCCCUGGCCGCGUUUCUGAAUCGACACGCCUUGCGGCCACCGCAACCAUGACAGAUUCCACGCAGGAAGAGAAGGUGCAGGAGUUGGCGAUGAUGGGGUUUGACGCCGGGCUCGCCCGCGCGGCGCUGGUGAAAGCGCACAACCGAAUGGAGGCCGCAGUUGGCUUUCUCGUGGACGGCAGCUCCUUAACACCCAUCCACGAGCCUCUCCCAGACACGGGCGGUCACACGUCGCCACCAAUGACAGUGUCUCGCUCCAGCUCGCCCGAAACUGCUCACAAGGUGCGCGCACGAUCAGUCAACGUGCAGACUCAGUUAAGCAAACACAUUGUGGAGCAGACGCUCGCCUUCCUCGAGCUCUUGUUGAAGCGGCACUCAAACCUGGCAGCGAGCGCGACAGCUGCGCCGUUGCAGUUCCUCGCCGACGAUGUGGCAGUGGCACUGGGGAAGCAACGCUUGUUUGUGCAGCUGAUGGACAUUGUGGCCUCAAGCUCAGAUGCAGCACAGUUGAUUGAAGCGGCACUGCAAGCAUGGUCACCCAAGACGGAGGCAGAGUGCAAGAUUGUGAUGCAGGCAGUUCGGUCGGCAAGCGGCAGUGACAACGCUGUGCCAGGAGGUGUGGCCGACGGGCAUCAGAGCUGGGUCGUCAUCGUGAGGGCCAAGAGCAAAGAAGUCCGCGAGGCCGCAACUCGCGCUCAGCGGCACCCUUUGCCCAUGUUCUUCCCCACGAGCCGAACCUUUCGCCAGCACCCUCCUCAGCGCGUCCUGGCACCGGCAGCUUCCAGAACAAUGCACGCCGCCCAGUCCCCUUUUCACAUCAACCCUCAACGUCAACAGCAGCAAGAACGCUCGCACCCACUGCACCGGCCGCACAGCCGGGUUGGUCAACACGCACAGCUACAUCGGCUGCUCUGGCUCUCUCCACACAGCCGCCAGCCAGAACCGCAGCUUCGGCAACAACAUCACGCGCGCCAUCAGCCCUGUGCAUCGCCCCGCCUUCGUCCUCGCCUUCCACUGCACGAUUCGUCCGAAACUGAGGAGGAGGCGGCAGAGGAGGAAGACGAUAGCGACAGCAGCCACGGAAGCAGCAAUGCACGUGCGAAGCACGUGCGACAGGUGCAGCCCGCAACCGCCGCGGUCACUCGGGGGAGCAGCGUCUUAACGACCACCGUCAAACCUGCAUUGAUCAGCGCAAAUAUCACCAACGUCAACACAAGCGUCGCCACUGCAGCCCAGCAUCCUGGCUCGCCGGCACCAGCGCCACCGCAGGAACACGUGCGCAGCCCCAGCAGUACCAGCGGCGGCACCAACAGCAGUGAUGUUUGCGGCGGGGCCAGCGGAGACGAGUCAGCGGCGCCAGCAACGCCGCCGACAACACCGUCACCAGCAGCGCCACAAUGUGUAUCUUCACCGCAGGCGCCAUGUCCAGGUGUUGUCGCUCAUGCUGCUGACGCGCCACAAUCACCAACGCUGCCGCUGCUAUCGUCGUCUCCACCAGCCCACCACAGCGGACGAAGGGUGCCCUCGCAGUACAGCGUCAUCAAAAUGCCGAUGCAGGUUCCACGGCUAUUCCUCAGCACGCAGCAGCGCCACAAAAGCAUGUACAGAAGCAACACUGGCUCGCGUGGCCUCGGUGGCACGACGGGACGCCGGCGUCAACACCAGCAGCAGCAACGAGAGGACCGAGGUCGUGGACGCCGUCAGCUACGCCGCCGACGCGUUGCGUUCACGCCACAAGAGGAUGAGUAUAUCCGCCUUGGCGCUGGGCAGCGGUGGCUGAACACGAGCACCUUCAGCCACCUGUGGAAGUUUCUCAUUGCCGAGCCGUCGUGCAGCGCUGACUUGCACAUCUACGGCGCCUGGCUCAAGGAAAACGUCGAGACAGAGGUGCAGCCACGUGCGCAGCAGAGCGUGUUCCUGAACCAGGCGCUGCAGUUGCCUGUCGAGCGCUUCACGCCAGACAUCUUCGAUGCGCUCGUCUCCCUCUUCCUCUGCACCAACGGCGAACACAACCGCAUCUACGGAUCGAAGCUUGAGUCGAUGCGCGUUGAGCAGAGCAACCUCCUCGGCCUCAGCCGCAUCUGGACAAUCGCGCUUGAGACGCGCGAUGCUGGUGUCGCAGAGAAGGCGCUGGGUGUUCUCGAGCGCGUGUACAACGACGCCAUCUUCUCCAACAUGCCGGACAGCGGGCCGCACCUGCUGUUUGUGAUUGUGCGGCAGCGCAUUGCGUCGCUCGCUCGCCGCCUGGACGCCUUUACAGAGGGCACGCGCAUCGAGGACAUGGUGCCCGCGUUCGCUGCGCCUGCUGAGGAAGACGCCCGCCACUCGUCGUCCCCAGCGGCGCUGCAACGCGACCAGCACAGCCUUGAACAGCACGCCGCUGCUGAUACAAGUGGUGUUGAUAUCGAUGGCGCCCGCUCUGGAAACACCGUCAGCUCUGCCACGACGGCAAACAACGGCAACAACGGCGAUGGCGGAGGCAACGAGCCGCGACUGGCGCGCGUGUCUGUGACGGUCGAGGACCUGGACGUUGGCCACGUUGCUGUCGUUGUUGAAGCGCCACAACAACAACAACAGCAACCACAGCAUCACCAGCAGCAGCAACAGCGGCGAGAGCGUGCGGCGACCAGUGACAAGAUGACGGCUGACUGUGCACGCGGGCAGGCGAGCGUGGCGAUGGAUGAUGGUGCGGACGCCGACGAUGAGGACGAAGACGACGACGAGCUCGUCGUGGAGACUUCGGGGGUGUCGAGUGCAGCAAACACGGGGGCGGCAACAACAACAGCAACUGCAGCAACACCCUCCAGUGCAGCUGCAAGCAGUCAUGGUGGUGGUGACAGCGGUGCGUGGUACACCCGUCCGCACCCCAAGAAACACGCCAAGUCUUCGCACACCUUGCAUGACGACGAUGAUGAUGACGAUAAUGAUGAUGAUGGGCACGUGAUUGAUGACGACGACGAAUAUGUUGGUGGUGACGGUGAUGUGGACCUUGAGGCCGGCCUGUCUCGUCGCCAGCAUCAGCGCAAGCGUCGUGGGGGCAUUUCGCCCGUGGAUGCACACGGUGACCUGGCAGGACUGUCGCGAGGCACGUUUGCGCCUAUCCGGCAACCGGCGCCCACGCAUGUCGUUGAUGACGAUGAGGUGGAGCCGUUUCUGCAAGACUGGCCCACGGAGCACGACGACGAUAGCGGCAACGGCAACGGAGGAGGUGCUGGUGAUCAUGGCCACCAUCGCAAUCGCAUGGAUAGCGCCUCAAGCGCGGAUGGCGGUGCGACCACUGCAGGUGCGGCCGGCACGACGAUGGCCACCAACACCGGCACAAUUGGCGCUGCCUCCGCGUCUGCCUCCACGGCAGCAACUGCGACGGGUGUGUCCGGCAACAAGCGGAACAGCGCUGCUGCUGCUGCGGCUGCGUCGACAGCCGAUGAUUUGGCGGAGCAGAUUUCUGAGGAAGUGUCUGUUGCGGACAUGUCAUUGCCAAUGGUUUUGCAGCAGCUGGAGCGCCUCACGUUCCUCUUCAGGAAGUUCCUCCAAAAUGAUGAUCAUUCGCAGAUUCGCAGCAUCCGUCUCGUCCGCCCGCACCGCGUGGCUGCGCGUGGCGACGAGAUUGUGUUCCACAUCAAGCACGGCGGCACCACCGCUUCUCUGCGCACACACACCACCGCGCCAGUCUGCAUCCUCCGCAGACAGGUGAGUCAUUGGCUCAACUGGCCGUACACGUCUGUCCGCCUCACCAUCAACGACAGAAUCGUCAACCUCGCAAAGGACUCGAAGUUGUGGUGCGACAUUGGCGUGACGGGCGGAUCGCGGCAGGUCCGCGUGACAAAGAUCAACCCCAAUUCGCAGUCGAACGUUUCGCAGCUGCCGGGCAACGACUGCCAGGGGUUCACGCGCCCGCUGUCCAACAACGUCUCCAUUGAGGAUGAGCUGAAGCUCGUCAGCGUGUACGCCUCCCGUGACCGCGACUUUAUGGACGUCCUCAUGUACCUCCUCGUCGCCCUGCCAAAGCACGCGCAGUGGGUCGUGCAGGGUGAUUUUGACGAGGCCGUGUACUCUGCAGCGACGAAGGCACAGGAGACGCUCGAUGGCCUGCUGCAAGUGCUUCCGACCAACGCUUUCUUCUUGCAGAGCCUUGCACAGGCGGUCGCUGAUGACUGCGAGGACGACAGCAACAGCAAGCUGCCGAUGCUGUUCCUGCACGCCCACCGUGACCAGCACCUGCUUGCCUACCGCGUUGCUGCGCUGCGGGCCGCCAUCACCCCGGGCAUUGUCGGCACAGAGGGCGCCAUGCUCUCCACGCAGGCCCUGCGCAACCGCUUCCUGGAGGUGGGCGGGUUUGACGUGAUUUGCCACCUGCUCGCCCUGGCCUGGCAGCCGGCGCCGCUGUCGCCGCCGGCAGAGCAGCUGUGCACGGAGCUGUUGCUGCUCAUCCUGCACACACUCGCCUGCGCGUUUGACUGCACGCUGCCCGAGCUUGAAGACCUGCUUCGGGAGAAGACGAUGCUGGUGGAGGACUCGCUCGACGAGGCCGUCUUCACCAACGGGUACACGCGGUCGCCAACGGAGCGCGCGUACAACGCCGUCAAGCACUCCAACGAGCUGCAGCUGCUGGUGCAGCAGUGCGGCCAGUUUGUAUCGCGCAUGCACUUCUCGGCAGAGAGUGCUGGCAGCUUGGUGCCCUUGGCAUACCGCACCGUUGCGCUCGUGCUGUGCGUGCGGCCGUCGCUGCUCUACUCCUUGGGCACGCCUCGCGACGUGGACAGGUUCUUCGUGCAGGGGACCCUCUAUGACCCAUCGCCGCUGUGCCGCCUGGCUGCCGCCCGCACCGUGUGCCAAAUUGCGCAGGUGACUGUCGAGUACACGACGCUGGCUGUCCUUCGCGUGCAAACGCAGGAGAUGCAGGACGACGAAGAGGAGCAGGAGCAGGAGCAGGCCAACAAGGCAGCAGCCGACACUCCCAACCAGCAGCGUCUGCAGCAGCGGCAGCAGCAGCGGCGUCGCAAGCGCGCGUCAUUGGCGCACGUGCCGACCAGCACUGUCCGGGACCACAACAUCCGCCCGGACGCCGGCACGUCGCUGCUGGUCAUCUUCGUGCGCAUGUUCCUGGACCGCUCCCUGCCGCUGUGGAGCCCAGAGUGCGUAAAGUUGCCAAAGCCGCCGCAGCGCGUGUUCUUCCUGGACCAGGUGUUUGAUGUGCUGGCGUUUCUGCUCAACACGCUGGCGAGCGUGGACAGCAUGCUCACGCUGCAGGACAAGGAGGUGCUCGCCUCCAUGCCGGACGCCCCCGCGCUGACUACAAUGGAGAUGGCGUUGUUUAGGAAGGUGGCGCUGGCACACUACGAAACUGAGAUGCAUCGCCCGUCACGCCGCGUCUCGCAGCGGUCGUCCUCAUCGUCGUCGCUGUCGUCGUCAUCUUCUUCGUCUUCGCCUUGCUCGCCAGAGAAGCACGACGCUGGCAUGGCAAACAACACCAACACUGACAACACUGGCAACGAUAGCGGUGGUGAUGGUGACGGAAGGAACAACCCGUUCAGUGACGAUGACACUGCCGAGGCGGCGAAGCAAGCACACCUGCUGGACGCCAUGUCCACGGCUGUGCGUCAGGGGAGUGCAACGCUGAACCCCAAUCCAAACACGAGCGAUGGCACGCAUGCCGCUGGCGGGACAAGUUCCACUGAACACGAGGAGGGUGACAACGGUGACGUGGACAGGGCAGGGGAUACCGCAGCACGCCAGUUUGCCGAGGAGAAGCGGGCAAGCGUGUACUCGUGGCAGCAGCAGCAGGAAGAGGCGGCUGAGGAGGACUUGAAGCGCAGCAUGCGACACCGCCGCCGCCGCCAUCGUCGUCGUCAGCAACGUCGUCGUGACAAGGGGGAGGCCGCGUGCACCAUGAUGAGCACCACCUCGACAGGGCGGCCGUCCCGCCACAGUGGUGGUCGUAGGCCACGGCGUCUCCGCCUCGCGUCGCACCGGUACUCGCACGCGGGUUUGUAUGAGGAGAAUGCAGCGAGCCAGCACGAGCAGCGCGCCAUUCACGGCCACCUGAAGGUGAUGCACGAGCUGAUGGCAUUUAGAAACGUGGAUCUGCUGUCCUUCCUGCGCCCACAGCAACAGCAGCAGCAGCAGCAGCUGAAUGGGCAAGACCAGUACGUGCACCAGGACGAUGACGAUGCCUUUGCACCCCAUCCACAAGAACUGCAGCAGUCACUGCAGCAGAAGGGAGAGAAGGAAGGCGUUCUGCCUGGCACAUCGUCCACCGCUUCCAGUGCAGCCACGCCUGCAGGAAGGAGCAGCAGCAGCGGCGGCGAUGCCGCUGUGUCGCGCGUUGCAUCUGAGGAGGCGGUUGCUGGCGCCAUCAACACGUUUGGGCACGGCCUCUCCCGCCAGGGAUCUGCCGCGAGCGACGGCGCUCUGCCAUCGUCCGCACACACACCCAAGGCCAACGGCACAGCUCACAUGGCAGCAGCACCGACACCAGCAGCGCGCGGCGCCGGCAGUGCACAACAGCACAAGACAGCGCUCCUGUCACCGAGCACAGCUGCAGCAGCGACAGUAGGAGGCGCCGGAAGCAACGACAGCAGUAGCUGUGCUGGUGCAAGCGGUGCGAGCCAGGUGGCCCGCAUGCACCUGGAGAGCAUCAACACGGGCUCUUUCCUCGUCAUUCUGCUUGAAUUCUACCUGUUCCCUGCCGCGGUUGCGCAGGCCAUGGCGGAGGUGACGGGCAGCAGCGAAGCGCUGCAGCAGCCGCUGUGCCAGCUUGACUUCACCCGCAACCUGUGCGCCUCGUUUGUGACGCGCCUGUGCUCGCGCAGUGGCGCGUGUCAGGAGGUGGUGGUGGAGUGGCUGGACCGCUUUGUGCUCUCUGGCGUGAAGAUUGGCGCGACGGAGUGGAAGGUGGAGCCGAACAUUGAGCCGCGCACGUGCGGUGUUGGCCUGGCAAACGCAUCGGCCACGUGCUACAUGAACAGCACCUUCCAGUCGCUGUUCAUGCAGCCGAUUGUGCGGGAGUUUGUGCUGAGCAUCGACGACGCGCUGGAAACCAAAUACCGCCAGGAGCGCCUGAAGGAGGCCAUGGAGGAAUACACGCAGGAAUUGAAGAAGAAGAAGCAGCAGCAGGAACAGCAGCAGCAUGAGACGGUCAGCGGUGAUGCGGGCGCACAGCAAGAGCAGCAGCAGCAGCAGCAGCAGCUUCCAGGCACGCGGGCAGCCGCACUCCUCUCUGACACGACGGCAACAGCGACUGCAGCAGACACAGUUGUGGCAGCAACAACGACACCCGCACCAGAAUCUGGCAACCAUGGCGAGAAACGCCAGGAAGAAAAGGAUGCGGGAGACAAAGUGGAAGAAGAGGACGGGGCACCCAAGCCCCCAACCCUGGACACGGUUGGGCACAGCUUCUUCCACGAGUUUCAGCGCAUCUUUGCGCACUUGGCAGGCUCGCAGGAGCGCUCCUACCGGCCCGAGUCGUUCUGGAACACGUUUCUGUUCUACGGCGAGCCCGUGAACCCGCGCGAACAGAUGGACGUGGCGGAGUUUAUUCAGAACUUUGCCGACCAGGUUGACUCGCACCUGCGCGCACACGACCUCCCGCCCAUCUUCGAGUGGACAAUUGGGGGCGUGUUCAGCGACCAGAAGCGCGUGAAGGAGUGUGGGUGCAUGUACGUGCGCGAGCAGCCGUUUGUGCUGCUGCCGGUCGCUGUGAAGAACAACGUGACGCUUGAGGAGGCGCUUGCAGAGACGAUUCGUGGCGAGACGAUUGAGGACUACAGGUGCGAGCGCUGUGACAUCCGCGGGACCGCCAUCAAGCGCAUGUGCGUGCAGCAGCUGCCGCGCACGCUGAUUGUGCACCUGAAGCGGUUUGACUUUGACUGGUCUGCGCAGGAGACGGUCAAGUUCAACGACAAGUUUGUCUUCCCAGACGAGCUUGACUUGUACCCGUACACGACGGGCGGUGUUGCGGCGCGCGAUGCGCAGGAGCAAGCGAUGGCCAAGCAGCAGGAACGGGAGGAGCGGCGGCGACAGCGGCGCGCUGAACGCCGGCAGGCACGCAGGGAGGAGAAGCGAAGACAGAGGGAGGAGAGGGAGAGGCUGCGCAAGAACAAGGCAGCAGAGGAAAAGAAGGCAGCGGAGGACAAGGUGGAAGAGAUGCAGGACGCAAGGAACCAGGUCAAGGCGGAUGGACAAGAGGGUGCGGACACGCAACAAAACGUGGAGGAUGGUGCGCAUGAGAACAAUGGUGCGACUGCUGUGAAUGCUGGCGAUGAACAACACAACCAGCAACAGCAGCAGCAGCAGCAGCAGCAGUCUGCGAGUGACGCUGCCAUGCGCGAAGACACCAGUGCCUCUGCCACCGAGAUGGAGGAUGAUGACGAUGACGAUGACGAUGAUGAUGAUGUGUCGGACAGUGAAACUGAUGGUGAUGGUUCAUCCUCGCGUGCCUCUGCCGCGUCCAGCGCGCCACUGGCGUCACCGCCCCUCUCCUCAUCCUCUCCCUCAUCGUCGUCGGCCUCGUCACCGCACAGCGGCAACUGUUUGUAUGAGUUGCACGGCGUUGUUGUGCACAUGGGCAAUGCGCGUGCCGGCCACUACUACGCGUACGCGCGUGUGCGCGAGACGGUGGACACGCUGGAGCAGGGCACCGCUGGCAAGUGGAUCAAGUUCAACGACAGCGCCGUGUCGUAUGUGGAAGUGACGCCCGAGCUGAAGGAGGACCAGUUCUUUGGCGGCGACGACUUUGUGGUGACGGCGUACGGGCAUUCGCAGAAGAACUACAGCGCCUACCUGCUCAUUUAUGAGCGAAAGGACGUGCUGGCACAGCUGACGGAGGAGGAGUCUGUGCUGCUGCUGGUGCAGAAGGCGCUCAGGGAGACACGCCGCAAACGGCAGCAGGAGAAACGGCAGCAGCAGCAGCAGCAGCAACCAGACUCGCAGGAGCGGCAGCAGGAAGCCGACGAUGGUGGUGGUGAUGGUGUUGAUGGUGGCAUGGCUGUCUCGCCCGAGUGCGGGGAUGAAUCCGUGUCGUCGUCGAUGCGAACGACACCAACGACAACGACAGCAGCGACUGGUGCCACCAUGGACACAACGAGCACCACCUCUGUCGCCACCACCGCCAUCACAGCAACAGCGACAACCACGAAUGACACACGUGGCAGCGGUGCUGAUGGCGGUGAUGAGGAGGAUGCGAGGUUGGCGCGGAUGGAGCGGCAAUUGCGCUCGCUGAUCAAGCAGCGGCACUUCAGCGAGGAAGUGUGCGAAUCGCGGGACAUUGUGUCCCAGCUGCGCGCAGACAACCUCAAGUUCAACUUCCAGCGUGCGGCCUUCUCAAAGGAGCUGUUCUCGCUAGUGCGCAGCCUGGUGGAUGCUGGUGGCAGCGUUGACAGCAGUGGCACGAGCGCACGCACGCUGCGGCUGGUGCUGCACUUCUUCUUCGACAUCUAUCUGCACCUGCACGCGUCGACGCGCAAGAUUGAGGCCAACCUGACGCACUCGCUGACGUUCCUAAUGCGGGUGCGGCCGGAGGUGCAGGACAUGGUGCUGGCGUAUCUGGUUGAGCGCGAAGACAUCCUGCCCAUGUUUGUGAUUGGCUGCGAGGAGCAGGAGGUGCGCGAGCUCGUGUUUGAUGUCGUGCGUGCGGCGCUUGGCAGCAACACGGCGCCGCCGUCGUCGUCGUCAUCAUCGACGUCGAUCACACCGUCGCCAGCGCAGGCGUUCCAGCGGCUGCCGCACCUGUCGUCGUUCCUGCUGCAGCUGACCUCGCUCGUCCGCGACAAGGCCGUGCACUUCCCCAGCAACAUGUCCCCGGUCCUGUCGCUGCUCGCCGACUUUGUGGACGUGAGCCCCGCGCACGUUGCCCUGUGCGCGUCUGUGCAGCUGGAUGUCGCGCUGGUGCACACGCUGUGGGCGACGGCGGGCGCGACGAGCAGCAGUGGCGGUGCAGACCGCAAGCUGACGGUGACACAGCGCAUGGACCUUCUUCGCGCCUACGACAUCCUCACCGCCGUCUUCUUGAAGUCCGACCUCUCCUCUUACGCAACAUUGCCGGCCGGCGUGUCCUUCAAGCCAGAGUUCAACAUUGUGAAUGCGCCGCCGCUUCGCCUCUCUCGUCCGCUCUUUGACGUCACCAUUGCGUCAGACUUUCUCUUUGCGGACAUCAUUACCAUGGAGACAAUCCAACAAGACCACCUGUCAAGAGUGCUUGUCCACGCCUGUCGCCGUAACGCAUUGCUGUCGACGCGUGUGAUUACGCGGCUGCAUGAGGCAAUCAUCUCGUGCAGUCUCGACGGGCGCCGCUACUGUUCCCUCCUUGCAGACGUCCUCUCCAUCCGUGACGAAGUCUCCCUCCACCGCGCACACUUUUCGCUGCACGGCACUGCGGUAGAGGUGCCGUUCACGUACCCCGCCGCCGCCGGCGAGCAGCAGCCGACGACGAUGCUGAAGCAGUUUGGGCUCGAGUCCAUGCCCCUGCUGGAGUUUAUGCGCAUGCUGGAAGGCAACCACGCUGCCAAACUGUACAACCUGGUGUGCGUGGUGGUGAAGCUCGCCGUGUGCGGGCCCAUGGACGUGCAGCGCUACAUCCGCACGACGCAGCAGCAGGAGCUGGAGUUUAUGCACCGGUGGCUGAACAAGGAGCUGCUGGCAGCGGCCCGCGAGACGUCGUUUGGAACACAGACCAUUGGCACGUCGUCAUCGUCGUCGUCGUCGGCACUCACAGCAGGCGGUGUUGGUGCUGGCGCGCGCACCAGUUUUGGCAGCAGCACCAGUGGAAGCACAGUGCGCGGUGGGCAGAGCACGAGCGAGCGGCUGCACGGAUCGCAGGAGCAGUACUCCACGCUGACGGCGCUCAAGGACCUGCUCAGGGACACGCAGCAACAGCACCAGCAACAGCACCAGCAGCAGCACCAGCAGCAGCACCAGCAGCAGCACCAGCAGGAAAGCAGUGCACCGCCGAGUGAGCCCAUUGUGAACGCAGUGGCGAGGACACACGGGGCCACAGCGCCGCCUCAGUCAUCGGCAGCGCAAACGUCGACGUCGACAGCAUCGACAACUGCGACAGCCACCAGUGGUGUUGGCGGCGGUGUGAGGAAGGAGACGUCGUUCCCUGGGAGUGUUGCGAGCGCACCGCCCACUGAUCCCCGACUGCAACGGAAGAAGCCGCAGAAGAAGGAGGAGGAGGAAGAGGGCACGAGUCACCACACUGAUCAUGGUGCUGUUGGUGUUGAUGUCGCUGUUGGUGGUGGUGAACAACAGCAGCCGCAGCAGCAGAGUAUGGAAAGCAGCGCGACUGACAAGAAUUCGUUUGGUCCCCAUGAUGAUGGUGAUGGGGAGGGUGGUGUUGAGAUGCAGGACCUGACCAUCACGGGACACGCGCUCACGAGCGAACAGCCGCACAAACGCCACCACGGCAACGACCACCUAGUUGCAGCACAAGAACAACGACAACAGCAGCAGUCGGCGAUGGCGUCGGUGUCAGCAGCGACGGAUGGCGGCGAAGGCGGUGGCGAAGAGAAGACCGCUGGAGGUGAGGAUGGUGAUGGUGAUGGUGAUGGUGCUGACACAAUCAUCGUGGUUGAUGAUGAUGGUGGUGAUGAUGAUGAUGAUGAUGAUGAUGAUGACAAGGACAAGCGGAUGGACACGGACGAAGACGCAGAGAACGCGAUGCUGUAAUGUGUUCGUACAUGUGAUGGUGUGUGUGUGUGUGUGUAUGUGUGUGUGUGUGUGUGUGAUUGACUGUCUGUCUGGCUGUUUUGUCUUGCGUGACGUGAGCUUCCCAAACACGGCAAUUAAUACAUGAACAAUCACAA